CAGUGUAUUGACUCUGAUGUUUUUGAAUGAAAGUGCAUUGUACAAGAGGCUGUAGUUAUGUCAAAACAAGUAAACAACCAACCAUGGGUUCUGUAAUGCCACUUAUGCUGUCCAGGAAUGUAGUCUUAUUUCCUACAAAUAAGAGACUUUUUGGGCAUUACGGAUUAUUAAUAGGAGGGUCAAGAAUAGGAAGGAGGUGUACCAGAAGGUUUAUUUAGCAGAUUAUCCUCCAAAAUCCACAGUGCAAUGAGGUUUCGGAGUACAUUAUGUAUACCAAGGAGGCCAAGUCCUCAUACAGCUUCCUGAAGGGGAGUUCUGCAUCACAUCACAUCACAGGACAGGCCCAACACCAUCAUAAGCAACUAUGGGAAUUAAAGUGGAGGAGACAGAGACUGUACGUCCCCCAGAUGGUGGCUGGGGCUGGGCUGUUCUACUGGGAGGUUUUGUCAUCACUGGCUUCUCAUAUGCUUUUCCAAAAGCUAUUAGUGUUUAUUUCAAAGAACUGAUGCGAGACUUUGACUGUGGUUACAGUGACACAGCCUGGAUUUCAUCCAUCAUGUUAGCUAUGCUCUAUGGCUCAGGUCCAGUCUCCAGCAUCAUGGUUAAUAAGUUUGGAUGUCGUCCAGUGAUGCUGAUUGGAGGAUUACUGGCCUCAGGAGGGAUGAUAGGUGCCUCUUUCACUACUAACAUUAUCCAGCUUUACCUCACUGCAGGUGUCAUCACAGGUCUUGGCCUUGCCUUGAACUUCCAACCAUCACUGAUUAUGCUGGGGUCUUAUUUUGACAAACGGAGACCACUGGCCAAUGGACUGGCUGCAGCUGGAAGCCCAGUAUUUCUGUCAGCUCUUUCUCCAUUAGGUCAAGUGCUGCUGAACCGUUAUGGAUGGAGAGGAGGCUUUCUGAUCAUGGGUGGUCUUCUGCUAAAUUGCUGCAUCUGUGGAACUGUUAUGAGACCCCUGAAAUGCAAAGAAAGGAGAACGAUGGCAAAAGGAGAGGCUUACUCCCAAGAGCUCAAAGAAAUGCUGCCUAGGGCUGGACAAGAGAAUAACAUUUGUAAACAUCAUAAUGCUAAAAAGCCCAGGAAAAGGAAGCUUUUGGACUUCAGUGUACUUUGUGACCGAGGGCUAAUUAUUUAUAUCAUUGCAAAAUUUAUAGUUGUCCUCGGCCUGUUUGUUCCAACUAUACUCUUAGUCAACUAUGCAAAGGAUCAAGGAGUGCCCGACCAGGAUGCUGCCUUUCUGUUAUCUAUUAUAGGAUUUAUUGACAUCUUUGCCCGUCCCACAUGUGGCAUAUUGGCUGGUUUGAAAUGGAUUCGACCCAAGACGCCUUAUUUCUUCAGCCUUGCCUUGCUCUUCAAUGGACUAACAGAUGUUUGUUCAGCCACAAGCACAGAUUAUAAGGGGUUAGUUAUCUUCUGUGUGUUCUUUGGGCUCUCUUAUGGCAUGGUGGGUGCUCUACAGUUCGAAGUGCUAAUGGGUAUUGUGGGGACAAGCAGUUUUUCCAGUGCACUUGGCCUAGUGCUCCUCAUAGAGGCAGUGGCUGUGCUGAUUGGGCCUCCCUCUGCUGGUUAUUUGGUGGAUGCUUACAAGAACUAUGAACUAAUUUUUUACAUGGCUGGCGGAGAGCUGAUCACUGCUGGUAUAUUUCUUGCCCUUGCAUCAUUCUGCUGCAUUAAGCAAAAGAAAAGCAAAGACUCAUCUCAGAUUCAUCAUGCUGAAGUGGAAAAUAAUCAUGUUAGUAAUGAAUCAGAUCGAGCCUAAAAGAUGAAGAGUGAAGAUAGCUCUGCUGUUUGGAGAGUGACAUUUACACUCAGUUAAAGAUGAACUCAUCAAAGGUUUUACUCCCAAUGUAUAAAAUCAUGACCCCUCACGUGAGGUCAUAUUAUUAAACAUUUAAAUGCAGAGUGUCCCCUCAUGGGGGUGGUCAUGUCAGAAUCACAUGACCAGUCAAUGGAUUUAAGUAAUCAUGGCUGACUUUGAAUAUUGAUUUUCUACAAUGACAUUUGAAGCUGAAAACUAUAGAUUUUGAAUGAGGUUGAAUCCACCCAGCAAGAUGGACGUGAAGAUUACACGUGUAAUGCUGUGUUCACUUUGUGUUGGAAUUACUGUAAUUACGAGAUGGCAACUCUGAGCCGUUCAUGUUCUAGAAACUGGGAAGUUAUCAGUUUCUAUGAAAACACUUAUGCCAAAAUGGCUUUGUUGUUGAUAACAGCAAAAUAUUUUUCACUACAUUCAUUUAUUAAUUCACCUCAAUAUGUUGCUGCAAUUUUUUUAAGCACAAAGAAAAGGUUAUGGGGAAUGAUGGCAUAAUAAUAUGGCAUAUCAAACAGAAAUAUGUGUUCACUACUUUCAACUGUUGAGCCCGCUGCCAUAUUAGUUCUAUUUACAUGACAUCACGACUUUCAAUUUGGAGCUUAAGAAAUCCGAGAUUACAACUUGUAAUUGCGAGUUCUACAAAGACAUAAAUGCUUUUUACAAGUUGGAAUCUCAUAAUUCCACCAUGAUGUGAAUGCAUCAUGUCCAAGAUAACACAAAUACAAAUGAUGAAUAUAUGAUUAAAUAAAUGAUAAAACUCUCCAGAAUUACAAAAAAUAACACCAUAUGUAUCCCAAAAGCACUUUUGAAUGUAUUCAUAUUUAUAAUAUCUGUAUUACACAGAAAAUGUCAUGGUAUGUUCGAUUUAUACAUAUGUGUUAUUUGGAACACAGUCUAUUUGUGAAUAAACUAGCUGAAUAAAUU